AUGGCUUUCCGAGCUUCUCGCACCCUGUUGAACGACGCCAAGAACUACGCUUCGUCGCACAGCUUCACCUACGUUGAGGGCAAGACCCCCUUCUGGCGCAAGUUCCGUCAGAUCUUCUCUGCCAACCCCGAGAUCUCUUCCGGUAUCCCUUCGAUCGAGUCGAACCGAUGGCCACAACCUGCUUCCCGCCCUGAGCGCUCUCACACGCCUCCAAGCGCCGCUUCCGACCCGGCUGGCAACCUCUACCACACCCGAGACUUCCGUCGCAAAUACCCCAAGCUCGAGAUGAUCACCCAGAAGGACCUCACCACGCUCCUCCUCUCCUCGCCCAAUGAGGACGGCACCCGAAGCCUGCAAGCCCCCGAGGACGCUUCCAACACCACCGCCCUCACCCGCCCUGCUGAUCUUGAAUCGCCCACCGCCUUCACGGACGUGCUUGCCCAGGUUCACAAGUCGUCGGAUGCCUCGUCGGCAGGCUUCUACUCGGCCUCCAACCUGCCACCACGCCCUCCUUUCAAGCAGCCUCACCACAUCCUCAAGCUGCAGAAGGGUGCCGUGCCCCACGACCCUCACGCCUACUACCCUGCCGAGAACUACGCUUAG